CAUAAUCAUCCUCGUCAUUAUCACCCCUCUCAUCAUCAUGACCAUCCUCAUUAUCAUCCAUCUCAUCAUCAUGUCCAUCCUCAUCAUUUUCACCACUCUCUUCCUCAUCAUUAUCACCCCUCUCAUCAUCAUGAUUAACUUAAUCAUUAUCUCCCCUCUCAUCAACAUGAUCAACCUCAUCAUUAUCACCUAUCAACAUUAUAAUCAUUCUCAUCACCCUUCUCAUCAUCACGGUCAACAUCAUCAUUAUCACCUCUCCCAACAUAAUGCUCAUCCUCAAUAUUAUCACUUCUCCCAUCAUCAUGAUCAAUUUCAUCUUUAUCAUCAUCAUGAACAUCUACAUUAUUAUGACCUCUCAUUUUGAUCAUCAUUGUCACCUGUCUCAUCAUGAUGAUCAUCCUCAUCAUUAUCACCCCUCUCAUCGUCACCUCUUUGAAAAUUAUGAUCAUUCUCAUCAUGAUUAACCUCAUCAUUAUAAGUUGAUUGGCAACACUAUAUUGGCCCUAGUGUGUGAAUGUGAGUGUGAAUGUUGUCUGUCUAUCUGUGUUGGUCCUGCAAUGAGGUGGCGACUUGUCCAGGGUGUACCCCGCCUUCCGCUCGAUUGUAGCUGAGAUAGGCUCCAGCGCCCCCCGCGACCCCAAAGGGAAUAAGCGGUAGAAAAUGGAUGGAUGGAUUAUCACCUUUCUCAACAUGAUGCUCAUCGUCAAUAUUAUCACUUCUCCCAUCAUCAUGAUCAAUUUCAUCAUUAUCAUCAUGAUCAUCUACAAUCACCUCUCAUUUUGAUCAUCAUUAUCACCACUCUCAUCAUCAUGAUCAAUUUCACAAUUUUCCCCCCUCUCAUCGUUAUGAUCAUCUUCAUCAUUGUCACUCCUCUCAUUGUUAUGAUCAUCUUCAUCAUUAUCACCCCUCUCAUCGUUAUGAUCAUCUUCACCAUUAUCACUCCUCUCAUCAUCAUGAUCAACCUCAUCAUUAUCACCUCACAACAUUAUUCUCAUCCUCGUUAUCACCUCCCAUCAUCAUGAUCAAGUUCAUCAUUAUGACACCUCUGCAUCAUCAUGAUCAUCCUCAUUAUCAUCCCUCUCAUCAUGAUCAUCUACCUUUAUAACACCUCUCAUUUGAUCACAGGUGAUAACCUGUCUCAUUAUCAUCCCUUUCAUCAUCACGAUCAUCCUCAUCAUUAACAUCCUUCUCAUCAUCAUACCCAUCCUCUCAUCAUCAUCCAAAUCCUCAUCAUCCCCAUGAUUACCAUCACCAAGCUCAUCAAAACUUGUGAUUUGAAAAGAUGAAAUGUUUGUUGUCAUGGUAACCCAGCUUCUUUAUUGUCUCCAUCUCCAGUUGUGCCACUUUCUUCACUUUCAUUGACUUAUACGUUAAUAAAUAAAAUAGUUUUAUGGCAACCAGCACAAUGCACACUGCUAAUGUAGGUCAAAAUAAAAACUCAGUCGUACAGGAAGUGGGGCUGUCAGACUUCCUGCUGGACCUUUGUGUGACAGCCAUGGCAACAGAUGUGCCAAGAGAAUUUGCGUGUUUUGCUUCCAUCCAGCAAGUGGCACACACUAACAGAGAUGACACUAGAUCACAUGACCCACCACCAAAGGAUUGAUAAGCUUGUUUGCUAAGAGUGUCUUUGCAACAAUGGAUGUCUGUGAAUGGGACUUGAACAGCGAUCCCCUCUCUGGAAUUCUCCACCGCCCACCAAACACUCACACACGCCCAAUGAAAGUGAAAACAUGGCUUGGGUCAAAGGUUACACACAAGAGCUCCUCAUGCUUUCAAUGUUGCAACUUUCUAUUGUGUUCCACUUCCUGUCAGGGGGCAGCCAUGACGUCCAAAGGAGGCCCCUCCCCUCAGAAGGUAAGCCACUCCCACACGCAGACUGAUAUCACCCGGCCACUGCUGAGCUCUGCGGCAGGAAGCGCAAGCGACAGUCUCCGAAGGAGGCGACGCGUCCUCUCCAAAGAUGGACGAAGCAACGUGCACAUCGAACAUGUGCGCGGGCGAAGCGCGCUCUAUUUGCGCGACCUGUGGACCACCUUUGUGGACAUGCAGUGGCGCUAUAAGUUCUUCCUGUUCUGCGCCACCUUCGCCGGCACCUGGUUUCUGUUUGGCGUGCUGUGGUACCUGGUGGCCAUGUUGCACGGAGAUCUGACGGAGUCGGCCCCGCCCACCGACCACACGCCAUGCGUCAUGGAGGUCAAGACACUGACAGGAGCGUUCCUCUUCUCGCUAGAGUCGCAGACCACUAUCGGCUAUGGCUUCCGAUAUAUCACGGAGGAGUGUCCCGCCGCCAUCAUUCUGCUUAUUGUCCAGCUGGUGGUUACCAUGGUGAUGGAGAUCUUCAUCACCGGCACAUUCCUCGCCAAGGUGGCCCGUCCCAAGAAGCGAGGCAAAACGGUCAAGUUCAGUCAGCACGCCGUGGUGUCCACACACGAGGGGCGGCCGUGUCUCAUGAUCCGAGUGGCCAACAUGCGCAAGAGUCUGCUGUUAGGAUGUCAGGUGACGGGCAAGCUGCUGCAGACGUCGCUCUGUGAGGAAGGCGAGACUGUGCGGCUGGACCAGCGCAAUGUGUCCUUCCAGGUGGACACAUCCAGCGACAGUCCCUUCUUCAUCAUACCGCUGACCUUCUACCAUGUCAUCGACGACAGCAGCCCGCUGCGAACAUGGGCAGCCAGAGGUGGCGGCUGGACAGACGGCGAGCUGGCGGACUUCGAACUGUUGGUGAUUCUGAGCGCCACAGUGGAGCCGACGUCGGCUACCUGCCAGGUGCGCACGUCGUACCUUCCGGACGAGAUCCUCUGGGGCUAUGAGUUCCCUCCCGUUGUUUCGCUAUCCGCUUCAGGCGGAUACGUGGCCGAUUUUGCCUUCUUUGACACAGUGUCUAAAACCGGAGCACCAACCCGUGACCGCAGAGGCAAAGAAGGGGCGGGCCAGGACAAGAUGCAGUUAGGCGAGCGCUUCUGGGUAGAAGGGAGGGGCCACGUCCGAGACAGCGGCCAGCUGAGCAUGCGUAUUAGCAACGUUUGACCGGGAGAUAGGAAGUGAUUGUCUUACGGUUCACUUUUGUGACUUUUAACGGAUGCUAACAUGUCACUAACGCCGUAAUUUUUUAUGUGGAAUUUAAAAAAAAACUCCACUACGUGGUGGCGCCAUCUUUGCAGUUGCUCCUUCAAUAAAGAUAUCUAAAUAAAUAUUUUUUUUUUUUUGUUAGAUAUGUAAAUUUGAUAAAAGAUAGUCAUCAUUCUUUACCAUGGUAACUAUUUGCCACACAUUUUUAUGAUCGACUGAC